CGGCGAGCGGGCAGGCGGCGCUCGGUCUGGGGGAGCGGGGCGGUCCCCGCCGGCGUCGCGCGCGCUGUGUGUGAGCGGGGUCGCGCGCGCGCGACAGGCGAGUGAGGGAACGAGGAGCGGCCGGGUGUGAGUGUUUGGGAGUGAGAGUGUGUGGGAGUGGGGUGAGGGAGAGGCUGACGGGCCGCAAGGCUGUGAGGAACCGGGCGAGUGUGCGAGGACGCCCGGGCUGGCUGCUGGAGCGGCGGGCGGCGGAGAAAGGAGGUGGCUCCCGGAAUCCUGACCCCCUCCCCCUCCUCUCCUUCCCCCAUUUCCAGCCGUCCGGCGGCCCGCGCUUCCUCGGAGGCCCCAGCCCGGCUCCGCCGGCCGAGAGCGAGGGAGGAGCUCCCCCCGAGCCAGAUAGACGUUGCAUCUGAGAGGAAAUAAUCCAGGCAAGGAAGCACAAGCUGAUCAAGAUGUGUAGCUCUGUGGCUGCCAAGUUGUGGUUUUUGACAGAUCGUCGCAUCAGGGAAGACUAUCCUCAAAAAGAGAUUUUACGAGCAUUGAAGGCCAAAUGUUGUGAGGAGGAACUGGACUUUAGGGCUGUGGUGAUGGAUGAGGUGGUGCUGACAAUCGAGCAAGGAAACCUGGGUCUGCGGAUCAAUGGAGAGCUAAUCACUGCCUACCCACAAGUUGUAGUAGUCAGAGUACCAACCCCGUGGGUACAAAGUGAUAGUGACAUUACUGUUUUGCGCCAUCUAGAGAAGAUGGGAUGCCGGUUGAUGAACCGACCUCAAGCCAUCCUGAACUGCGUUAAUAAGUUCUGGACAUUUCAAGAGUUGGCUGGCCGUGGUGUUCCUCUACCAGAUACUUUCUCUUAUGGUGGCCAUGAAAAUUUUGCUAAAAUGAUUGAUGAAGCAGAAGUACUGGAGUUCCCAAUGGUAGUAAAGAAUACGCGGGGUCAUAGAGGUAAAGCUGUUUUCUUGGCUCGAGAUAAGCACCAUUUGGCUGAUCUAAGCCAUCUUAUUCGCCAUGAAGCGCCAUACCUGUUCCAGAAGUAUGUUAAGGAGUCUCAUGGACGGGAUGUACGUGUCAUUGUCGUGGGAGGCCGUGUGGUUGGCACCAUGUUGCGUUGUUCAACAGAUGGGAGAAUGCAAAGCAACUGCUCAUUAGGUGGUGUGGGGAUGAUGUGCUCAUUGAGUGAACAAGGGAAGCAGCUAGCUAUCCAGGUGUCUAAUAUCCUGGGGAUGGACGUGUGUGGCAUUGACCUGUUGAUGAAAGAUGACGGCUCCUUCUGCGUCUGUGAGGCCAAUGCAAAUGUAGGUUUCAUCGCCUUUGAUAAGGCUUGUAAUCUAGAUGUAGCUGGUAUCAUAGCAGACUAUGCCGCCUCCCUUCUACCCUCUGGCCGGCUCACCCGGCGUAUGUCCCUGCUCUCCGUGGUGUCCACGGCCAGUGAGACUAGUGAGCCGGAGCUGGGUCCCCCAGCCAGCACUGCUGUUGACAACAUGAGUGCAAGUUCCAGCUCUGUUGACAGCGACCCUGAAAGCACGGAGCGAGAGCUGCUCACCAAGCUCCCAGGGGGCCUGUUCAACAUGAACCAGCUGCUAGCCAAUGAAAUCAAACUACUGGUGGACUGACUCCACUGGUAAUUAACCAACAAAACCCUUGUAAACCUUUCUUUCUUUUUUUCUUUACUAUUUUUAAAACCAACUUGCAAUGCUGUUCAUGGAGGAUGCUCAGGAAGAUGAGAGAAAAUUAGUAGGAUUAGUUGGAGGCAGUGGGAGAUAGAUGAGACCUCUGCUAAUAAGAUGUUACUUUCAUUUACAAUUCCUACAAAUAGAGAGGCAGAAUAGGUGGGAUAUAGAAAAAUGUUAGGCUCUCAUAGUUACCCUUUUAAAUUGCUAAAAAAAUUUGUAUGCUCAUAGGCCAUGAGGAACAUAUACUUUUAUUUUUAUGGUUCCUUGCUUUUGUUUUUGUACAAAAAAUGAUUUCGCUACAAAUAUCCAAGUAGCAUAACUUCACAUUGUGUUGCAAAAUAUGUCAUCAGUGAGGAAAACAUCUGUCUAAAUUACAGGAAUUCUUGUAUUAUAUAGCUCUUAAAAUUCUGCCAUUUCCUUAUUAGUAGCUUUAGUUUAUAGUUUAUGAAAUCUUGAGGGGCUCUUUUACUGGGAUUUCUUAUUUUUGUGUUUUGUUUUUUCCCCCUUAAUUUGGUGGGAGGGUCAAAGUGAAUAUAACCUAAUAAAGGCUUCUUAAUGACAAAAUUGGCAUGUUUGCAUGAUGAAAUGGAAAUGAACAGUAUUGCAAUGUCCGGUAUACAAAAUAACAUUUAUUCAAUGUAGAUAAAAUUACACUAGUUUAAAAUGUGCAUUGACUUGUAUUUGUUAGUGUUUUAGUCUUUUAUGUGCUCUGUUAAUGUUGCUUUUUUUUUUUUAAAUACAUGCUAGUCUAACAUUUCCUGCUCUAUGCCUGCAUCUUUAACAAUGGCCAAAGUGAAGAAAACGCUACCUUUUUUGUUAACAAGACUUGAAAUGUGUACAUUUAAAGCCUUUUACUUUUUCCCUUUUUCUUUUGGUGGUUGGGCAUUUAAGGACAAGGAAAAAUACUUUUUGGGGCAAAUCAAGAGCCUAUAUGAGUUCUAAGUUUAAAGCUGAAGUGAUUUCUAAUGCCAGCGUUACAUAUUUGCAUUUUUCACAUUUUAGAGGGAGUAUAUAUGUAUGUGUGUGCACGCAUGCAUGUGUAUGUGUUUUGCUUUUUUAUUUACAUCAACUAAUCAAAAAGGAUAAUUUAGAAAAUGGAGCAUGAUGGGAAACAGUUUUUGACUUUAAAAAACAGAUGAGUUGUUUUCAUAAGUAGAUUCCACUGGGGUAGAGGUAUUCACCUUAAAACAUAGGGUGAAUAGAUGCUUUUUAGGCCUUUUGUGUAUAUGUAUGUUCUUUGUUUUUUUUCCUUUUGUUUCUAAACUGUUCAUUGUAUGGUUUAUUCAAGGCUACAUGCUUUUCUUUAAUGCUUCUGGCUAUGCAUUUUCUCUUUUUACAUACAGGAGUUGGGAUUGGGGGUGAGUUGGAUGUUUUUGUUGGGGGACUUAGUAGUAUUGAGUCUCUUAUAGCCCUACUCUUAAGCCUUCAAUACUGUCCACUCUUUAUAUUUCUUUACUUUCAGAAUUUAUAAAAGCCCCCAAACUGCAUACAAUUUGAGCCUUUAAAACAUGGGUAAAACUAAUCCCACUGAUGGGUUUGGAUGGUAUCUUAAGAAAUGGAGAUGCAGCAGAGCCCAACGUAAUUUUUUAAACAGCAAGUUCCAUCUCCCUACAAAUCCUCUGAAGCUUUUACCCAAGCCCUUUCUUGCCUCUCCAGUGCUAUUUUCCAUCAGAUGGACCUUAAGCAUAAUUUCUUGGACACUACUAGAGAGACUUCGAGGCAAUAAUAAAAGAUCAGUAUUAACCACCUAUAACAGAGGUUUGAUCAUGCUUACUGUACAGUUUUUCCCCUAUUUUAAAAAGGAAUGUAAUAAAAUUUGUUUUUUCCAUAGAAUUAAAUAAUAUUAAAAUUGAGUGAAAGGUUGAUUGUUGAUGAAUAGAAUAGUAUUCAUCUGUGCAGUGUCUCAUUUCACCUCAGAGAAAAGGAUACAUAAGAGGAGUUUGUCAUUUAUCUUAGGAUAUUCUAAUUGCAUUUAAAACAACUUAUCUUGCACAGGGUAAUUGGGGGACUCACAUACAUAUAUUAGUAUCUCUGACUCAUUAACAGAAAGAAAUACUUGGUACUUCUUUCACUGAAUGACCAUACUGUGGAGGAUGCAUACUAUUUGCUAUAGAGAAAUAAAUGAGGAAGAAAGAACUGCCUAGUUAAAUUAUCAUUCAUAUGUUCAUGUAGAGACCAUCUGGUUGCCAUGUGUAUUAUAACACAUACACUUUGAAUAGUUAUAUAUCACAGAUAUGUAGAUUAAUGCAUUUAAAACAACCUCUUUAUUGAUGAAAAUUUCAAGUUUGUGUUGGUGGGGUAAGGCAUCAGGAAAAAUGUAGUAAGCCAUCUUUUAACUUAUACCAAAUUAACCAGCUAUAUUAUAGGAAAUAUGUGAAAUUAGUUCAUUAGUUUUAUUCACUAUGUAUUAUGCAUUCACAUAAUAUUAAAACAUAGCUUUAGCAACCAGUUUCUGGAUUAUACACUUACAUGUUAGAAAGAAAAGAACAGUAGUUAUUAUCUUAGAUGUUAAAAACAUGGAUAUCUUCUUGAAUUCCUUCAAAAUUAAGGUAAAGAAUAAGAGCAAAUCAUUCUGGAAGAACCCUAAGGAAACAGCAGCAGAUAUUUAGGUGAAAAUUAAAUUUAUUUUCAUAAUUGUUUAAUAACUUGUAUAAUCUUCAUUGCUUAUUAUGAGGUAAAAUGUAUUUAUCAAAUAUGUGUAAUGAUAAAAUCUGAAUUGUAAAAUUUUUGUAUAUUGUUAAAAUUGUAAUUCUAAAUUGUACUUCAAAAAUAAUUAUUUCUGAUUGUAUUUAUGUCACCCAUGAUGAAAACUGGACUAUAUAUAUACAUCUAAACAUAUAAGUAUGAACUAUUCUAGUUAAAAUUUUUAAUAGUUUUUUUCUUUUUUGGUGCCUAUAAUUUCUGCUGGCUUUUCUCCAAUGAACAUUGAAAUCUUUCUGUAUGUGUUAUCAAUAAGAAAACUACCCUGGAACAUUAGAAAAAACCAACAAGAGACUUGGCUUUCAUCAAGCGCAUUAUCAGACUUUGAGAAGAUACUGAAGGCAUUGACUUUGAAAAUCAUCUCUUUUUCUCAAGAAGAAAGCAAUGGAGAAGCAAAUUUGCUUCAUUCAGUGAAUCCCCAGUUUGGGGGCUGGGGGGCUUAGAGACAUUGUAAAAUCAAAUCUUGUGUUAUAUUUUUCUCCUGGCUCACUUUUUUUGAGAAGGUUUAUGGGCUAUUUGGCUGGUGAGACACGAUCCCCUCCUAAGAAAAUGUAGGUGCUCAGACAGGUAACCUCUGCUGCUACUGUUUUUAUUUGUUUGUUUGUUUAAUUUUAUUUAAGAUUUGUUUUUGUUGUACUAGGAUUUUUUAAAAUGUAAUAUAUUGCAGGAUUUAUAACCAGGUUCACUGACUGCUUGCUUGCUUUCUUUUUCUUUUCUUUUUUUUUCUUCUUAAAAAAAAAAGCAAAAAACAAAGUUUUAUUUAAAAUACAUUUAGGCACCCUUGGAGCUUGGAUUUUGGAAUGUUUCAGUAGUGGACAGAAAUCUGCUGUUGGAAUCUUCUAGUCUUCCAGGUUUAAUUUGAAAUGUUUUUAGUUUUAUUUUGGAUUUUUGUGUGGCAUUUUAUUUCCUUUAUAUCAAUGCCAUUUUGCCAUGCUGUUUUGGGGUGGCUGCCUAACUCUAGUGAAAAUUCUUUCUGUAUUAACGAAAGUUUGGCCUUUGAAAAUCCUUAAUGUUUUGCAUUUUUUUACAUUGUUUUUAAAGAAAUAUUCUAACUGCUUGCACUGUUACUGUUCUUUACCAGCCUUUUCAGGAGCCAAAAAAACAAAUACAAACAAACAAAAAAAUACCCAGAGAAAAAACUUUCCUUCUUCCCCCUUCCUGAUGAUGAGUGAGAAGUAUUGAGAACUUUCGGGGUCAUUGCCCUUCUAAACUCCCCUUCCCCCAAUAAUGCAGCUGUAUAAUGAAUGGUAAAUGCACCGGUUUGGAUUCAGGCACAACCGAGCCUGCUUGCAGGUAAUUUAACUCUUUCUCCUUUCUUUCCACCACUAGGCUAACUUUCUUUUUUUAAAAACUUCUCCUUCUUUAUGUACUUUAAAAAGUAACCAUGGGUUUGUCAUAAUUCUCAAUUAAAAAUAAAUAUAUCUAGCAAAUAAUACAGUUAAAGAAGAGCUUUUCUGGGUAAAGUUUGACUUGGUUAUGAUAUACUCAGGACUUUCUUGGAAUUUUGUUUAGCCAUUUAGAUGACUCCAUUUCUUGAAUAUAUGUCUAUAAUUAAAUAUUUCAGAGUGUGAAUUUUUUGGCUUUGUUUUUGUUUUGGGUUUAUUUGUUUCUUCCAUUGUGCUACUCUGGCUUAAGCUUUUUCAGGGGUUGGUGUUCCGAAUACACAGUGAGCUCACAGUAUAAAGACAUCAAUUAGGAGUUGACAGGUAUGGAAAACUAGAGCUUUGAAAGGUAAAAUUAGGUUGUAGGUUAUAUAUAUGGUAAAAACCCAACAAAGCAUUUGUUUUUCUUAGUGCUUCUCUUUCUGUGACAUUACAAAAGUGAAAGGGAAUAAUAAGACAAAGAUAAUACAAAACAUUUUAGUUCUUUCAGGAGGAAUGUGAUUUCAGAAGUAAUCAUUUUGGCGGUUCUAAGAUACUAGUUCUAACAAGGAGAUGUGAGCAGUUUGAGAUGAUCAGAAAAUCAUGGUUUAAACAUUCAAAAUUACAGGUUCGAACAGAUAGGAGGGCAGUUCUGAAGUACAAGAUGGCUAAGCACAUUAACCAAGGACAUAAAUUGUCAGGGAUAGGACUAUAUACCUUGUCCAUGUUAAUAGACUUUCUGUUAGGUAAUAGACUAAACUAUCCUCUCUGCUGUCUUUACCCCGGUCUGCCUACCCUUUCUUCUUUUCUCCUAUCCUUUCUAAAGUUUUAGCUCUGAGCUUUUAUUAUUUUGGGGUAUUACCAUCUUUCUAAUAGGUAGAAUUUUAGUGAGAGUAAUCAAGACCUUUUCAAGAUAAGAUAUACUUCUGCAUAAUUUCAUCCUGUGGCUUUAGACGUACUAUCCAAAGAGGCUGUACGUCCAGCAAGUCACUAGUUAGUAAACAGGAAGUCUUGGCUUGGAAUGCUAUUUCUGUAGCUGAAGGAAGACAUGUGAUCAGUGAUUAACCUGUUCUAUGCUUCAGUUGACUCUUCUAAGAACAGUCAUUCCCCUUAAGGAUCUUACGACAAAGAUAUUUAUCUGUUGAAUUGGAAUUUACUAACAAAGGGGUCCCAGCUGCGCUCAUGAAAGAAUUUGUGAUGGAUACUUAAAAAAAAAAAGGGCUUAUUCAGGAGAGCCUUGUUCUCUUGCUGAUAUGAAUGACUAACACUAGAAUAUACAAACUAUGUGAUUGUAUAAGGCAUGGAGAGUUUAACAACCUCCAGUCAGCUGCCUGUUGGAAUACCACUGACUUGUUAAGAAUGAUCUUGCGUUUAGAUAUUACCAUAUUCAUACCUACUAGGUGAGCCUUAUAUAGCAUAUAUACCUGGCUGCUAUUGUGGGGUUUGGGAACAUGAGGGGUGGGUGAACUGUUGUUGUUUUAGGUUUCAGUCAGACAGACAUCCCUGUGCCUCAGUUCCCAGAAGCACAGCAGGCCUCUAGGAGCAUCCGUGGGAACGGCGCAGUCCUGACAUCACCAACUCUCCUGCUCAGGCUCAUCCCAUAUACAGAGGUCAAAGGGUGGGGUUUGAGACUGGGGGAAGGAAUGAGAAAGUAGAAGCAGUGUCACUGCAGCGCCACUGUUAACUAGUCUUUGGUGCUUAUGUCAGUGUUUGUUUUAUUUCCUAAUUCUUUUAAAGUUGGCAAAACUGCAUAUUUUUAUCUCGAUGAAGUCAGUGGGAGGGUGGAACAAAAACAAACCAUUACUGCUAUUUGUAGUUCAUUGCCAGAGACUGUCCCUUAACAGCUAAUAAAGAAUAAAUUUGGAACGUAGACCUAGAUGACAAAAAGAAUGGGAAUAGAAAUGAAUCCCAGGAUUUUUUUUUUUACCUUGUCCUAACAAAGUGGCAGAGCCAAAGUAGAAUCCCAGGAUUUUAACAAACAGAAGACAUUUAUGCUGUGUUAAUCCCCAGUUCUACAACUGCUAUUAUAUUUGUCAUUCUGUCUCCCUUUUUCCCCUAAUUCUUUUAUGUAUGUAUAGUUUGAGGAAAUGUGCAUUUAUGGUUAGUUCUUUUUAGAGGACUUAAUGAAUUUAUUGCUCUUUUGCAAAAAAUAUACCCACUGCUUAUAUGGGCAUACAAAUGCUACCCUAUUUUAAAUGUAGGUGGCGUAUGUGUUCGUGUUUUAAUGUAUUCAGAGCCUUGGGCAAUAAGCAGUCCAGAACAUUGAAAACUCAAGCAGGUAAAGCACCUAACACCCUUAGUUUCUAGAGUUACUUUAAAAAACUUCUGCAUUGCUGCAUCUUCCACAGUUCCUUGGGUAGUCUCUGAACUUAAAAUUUGUAGGAGUUGUAGACUGCCUACUUCAAAUGUUAUGGUAUUUAUUCAUAGAUUGUAGGAGUAGGUAAAGAAGGAAACAAAAAAAAAAAAUGGCUUCUUGAGAUGGCAACUGCUGAGUGGCUAAAUCUUUCCACUUCCUUUCUUUUUACUUUUUUUGUAAAUUUUCAUAGUUUAGCAUGAACAUUAGUCAUACAGUGUUUGAUUUUCUGUGAUUGGGAUUCUUGUUUUUGAUUUUUGGAGGGAAGGUCUUGGAGAAACAUUAAAAAGUUGGUGUAUAUGCAAAAAUACAAAAUGUUAAACAAAAUUUUUUCUAUUUAAUCUAAAUAGUAAGCAAUAAUUUUUUCUAUAUACCCUUCGGCUGCAGCAGAGAAUUAAACUGGUAGGUGGCAGCAGAGGAAGGAAUUCUUCAGAUUGAUGGCUACUGACUUAAAAUCUGCAUAGGAUAGAGCAUGACAUACCAACUGAAGCAAGGGGGGCAGAAAUGGAAGCAGGAUUAAGAUUCCUGGAUUUUGACUCUAAAUGGGUUUGACACUGAAAAGGUAUCCCUUGCUGAAUUAAAAAACGAUGCGAAAAGGCCUUUGUUUUCCCUUUAACUUCUGGUCAAGGGAGAAGAGUGGAUUCCUUAUAUCUAGUAUACCAUUAAUCCUCAUCUACCUUCCAUUUCUAUUCUGGAAUAUGAAUCCAUCUACAAGAAAGAUAAUCUUUUUAUUCUGAAACUCCUGUUCCUUGCAGAUUUUUAGGCUAGCAGUGGGUUCUUUUGAAGUAACCAGGAUCUUUUUUGCUUACCCUCACUAACAGAAUGGAUGAAGAUAGAUUUGACUGUGUGCUUUCAAGUGGAGAAUAUAAAUAUACAGAACAAGAAAGCAGUAACUCUAAUCUGUUUGAUUCAAUCUGUUUUCUAAAAUAAAGAUACCAUGCACUGGAAAUAA